UCAAAGCCGCUAAAGUAACAAGUAUCUUGGAGCUAUCCAUUCGGUUGAGCGCCAAAAGGAAAACUUGCUGCAAAAGGCAAAAUUUUUGUAAACACUCGCCUCAAAUAAGUGAAAAGCCCUCGACUCGCUGCAAUGGAUCCCUCGAAUGGAGACCUGUACACGCUGGAAGCCAGCUUGGCGAACAAGUCGCUGAGAGAGCUGACAGAUGGCGCCGACAAGGAUCCCAUUACCAAGUUGCGUUUGCUCUGCCUGAGCCGGGGCGCAACAGGCAUUUUGGGUCUGGGCAGAGCUUUUCGCGCCAUGGACGACGACGGCAGCAAGGCGCUGAACGAGGAGGAGUUCAUCUCGGGCAUUCACGACAUCGGCCUGAAUGUGACAGACGAUGAAAUCAAGCAGAUGUUUAACACCUUCGACGAGGAUGGCAGCGGCUCGAUAAACAUGACGGAGUUCCUGCUCAAGCUGCGCCCGCCCAUGUCGCAGUCACGCAUAUCGAUAAUCGAACAGGCCUUCAAUAAAAUGGACAAGAACGGCGAUGGCGUCAUAACCCUAGUCGAUCUGAAGAACGUCUACUCGGUGAAGGAGCAUCCCAAGUACCAAAGCGGCGACCUGACCGAGGAUGAGAUCUUGACAGACUUUCUGCACAACUUCGAGGGCGGACGUGGCAAUCUCGACGGCAAGAUUACACGCGAGGAGUUCAUCAAUUACUAUGCCACAAUCAGCGCUUCAAUUGACAACGAUAUGUACUUCGAUCUAAUGAUGCGUCGCGCCUAUGUCAUGUAAAGAACUUGAACCAGUUUGGAUAUGUUCCACAUAACUCUCAAUCUCAAGUGUCUAAUUAACGAAUCUAACUAGUCUUUAGUCCUGUUCAUGUUUAAUUUAUACACACACGCACACACACACAUGCAUGUUUCAUUCUAAUAAAA